AUGGCGCAAGGAUCCGCGGCCAGCGCCACUUUCCUGCCAGUGGAUGAGAAGGUCGACUUCCCCAAGGAGGAGGAGGCGAUCCUGCGGCACUGGAAGGAGAUCGACGUGUUUCACACCGCCAACAAGCUUGCCAGCGGUAGGCCCAAGUUCACCUUCUACGACGGUCCGCCGUUCGCCACUGGGCUGCCGCACUACGGCCACAUCCUCGCGGGUACCAUCAAGGACGUGGUGACGCGGUAUGCGUACCAGACGGGCCACGAUGUGGAGCGCCGCUUCGGGUGGGACUGCCACGGGCUGCCCAUCGAGUACGAGAUCGACAAGCUGAACAACAUCAAGCACCUGAGCGACGUGCAGAAAAUGGGCAUCGGCGUAUACAACGAGAAAUGCCGGGAGAUCGUGAUGCGGUACUCGGGCGAGUGGAGGGAGAUCAUCGCCCGCACCGGUCGGUGGAUCGACUUCGACAACGACUACAAGACCCUGAACACCAGCUACAUGGAGACGCUGUGGUGGGUGUUCAAGCAGCUGUUCGAGAAAGGCGUGGUCUACCGCGGGUUCCAGGUGAUGCCGUACUCGCUGGCGUGCACGACUCCGGUGUCUAACUUCGAGGCUAACCUGAACUACAAGGACGUGACCGACCCCGCGGUGUACGUGGCGUUCCGUUGCGUCGACGAGCCCGUUGAGCUGGUGGCGUGGACGACCACCCCGUGGACGCUGCCGUCGAACCUGGCGCUGAUCGUGAACGCCGAGUUCGUGUACGUGGUGCUCCACCACGAGCAGCGUGGCGUGGACUACGUGGUGGCCGAGUGCCGUAUGGAGAGCUUCUGCAACGACGCGCGUCUGGUCGUGGACAAGGACGUCCGCGUGGUGCGCAAGCUGCAGGGUUCCGAGCUGGUCGGCAAGCGCUACGAGCCGCUGUUCGAGUACUACGCGUCGGAGCCCGGGUUCGACGAGGAGCAGCUGUCGCGGUCGUACGUGAUCGUGGGCGACAAGAUGGUCACCGCGGACGCGGGUAGCGGGAUCGUGCACGCUGCGCCGUACUUCGGCGAGGAGGACAUGAGGGUCUGCAAGCGCAACGGCGUGAUCCGCGGCGCGCUGCCCGAGCUCAUCGACGAGAGCGGCAACUUCAAGUCGCACCUGCAGCGGCUCGGCGGGAUGUACAUCAAGGACGCGGAUUCCGAGAUCAAGCGUAUGCUGAAGGAGCGCGGCCGCCUGGUGCACGCGGGCACCCUGGUGCACUCGUACCCCUUCUGCUGGCGCAGCGACACGCCCCUGGUGUACCGCGCCGUCAGCUGCUGGUUCAUCAAGGUGGAGGAGUACCGCGAGGACAUUCUGCGGUGCGUGGAGCAGACGCAGUGGGUGCCGCGCUUCGUCAAGGAGAAGCGCUUCCGCAACUGGAUUGCUGACGCCCGCGACUGGUGCGUGAGCCGCAACCGUUUCUGGGGCACCCCGAUCCCGCUGUGGGUCAGCGAGGACUACACUCAGGUGGUGUGCGUCGGGAGCAUCGAGGAGCUGGAGCGUCUCUCUGGCCGCAAGGUGAGCGACCUGCACCGUCACUUCGUGGACGAGAUCGAGAUCCCCGACCCGCGCGGCCCCGGGUUCAAGCCGCUGCGGCGCAUCCCUGAGAUUUUCGACUGCUGGUACGAGAGCGGUUCCAUGCCGUACGCCAAGAUCCACUACCCGUUCGAGAACAAGGAAAGCUUCCCGCAAUGCUUCCCCGCGGACUUCAUCGCGGAGGGCCUGGACCAGACCCGCGGGUGGUUCUACACCCUGAUGGUGCUGUCGACUCACCUGUUCGGCGCGCCCGCGUUCCGCAACAUCAUCGUGAACGGCCUCGUGCUUGCGAGCGACGGCAAGAAGAUGUCUAAGCGUCUGAAGAAUUUCGCUGACCCCGUGGAGGUCAUCAACCAGUACGGCGCGGACAGCGUGCGUCUGUACCUCAUCUCGUCACCCGCGGUGCGUGCCGAACCGCUUCGUUUCAUGACCGACGGCGUGCGAGGGAUCCUGAAGGACGUGAUCCUGCCGUGGUUCCACGCGUACCGGUUCCUGGUCCAGGAGGCGUCCCGUUUCGAGGUCGUGACCGGCCGCCGCUUCGUGCCCAGCGCCUCCGCCGCGGUCGACUCGUCGUGCGUGAUGGACCGGUGGCUGCACUCGAUAACGCAGCAGCUCAUCGAUGGCGUGCACCGUGAGAUGGGUGCGUACCGGCUGUACAACGUGCUUCCGCAGCUGCUGGCGUUCCUGGAGCAGCUCACUAACUGGUACAUCCGCAUCAACCGCGACCGCAUGCGUGGCGCGUUCGGCGAGGACGAGUCGUACGUGUCGUUGGCGUCGCUGUACUCGUCUCUGGACGCCUUCACGUGCCUGAUGAGCAUGUUCGCGCCGUUCACUUCCGAGAUGAUCUACGCCAACCUCAAGCGCGCCGCCCCCGGCAGGAUGGAGAGCAUCCACUUCGAGAUGCUGCCCCGCGUGAGCGGCGUUGUCGACGAGGAGAUAACCUUCAAGGUGCGCGUGAUGCAGCAGGUGAUUUUGCUCGGGCGCACGGUGCGCGAACGCCGCCGCGUGUCGCUGAAGACCCCGAUCGCUGGGCUGAAGGUGGUGCACGAGGACGAGCGCGUUUUGUCCGCCGUGCGCGAGCUGGAGGCGCUGGUGAAGGACGAGCUGAACGUGAUGAACGUGGAGCUUUCGAAGGACGUAUCGUGCAUCAGCUGCCAGAUCACGCCCAACUUCAAGGCUCUGGGCGCCCGGCUGGGCCAGGCGAUGAAGCCGGUGGCGGCCGCCAUUAAGGGCAUGAGCCAGGCCGAGAUCGCCCGGCUGGAGAGCGAGGGCAGCGCCGACGUGCUGGGCCACACCAUCACGCUGGACGACGUGGUCAUCAGCCGCCGCAUUGACGUCGGCGCGCUGUCGCACCCCGACAUCGACGGUGACUCCAACCGCGAGGUGGCGGUGCUGCUGGACUUCACGAGCGACGAGUCGCUGCGCUGGAAGGCGUGCGCCCGCGAGGUGGCGAACCGCGUGCAGAAGCUGCGCAAACAGCUGCGGCUGUCGGUGAACGACUCCAUCACCAUCUACGUGCAGCCGCACGGGGAGCUUGCGUUCGAGAAGCUGUCGCUGCAGACCGAGUACCUCGAGAAGACGCUGCGGCGCAGCGUGGUGGUGACCCGCGAGGUGCCCGCCGCGGGCAACGUGCACAGUGACACUUUCGAGCUCGGCGAGCAGCGUUUCUCCGUCGCCGUGGAGGUGCAUGAUCAGUAG